GUGUCAUGUGCGACACUAUAACAAGGAUGGCGUUCUCACUGGCACUGCAGUGCUAUCGCAACACUGCUAAGGGUUGAACUUCAAAAUCUCAGUGCUUUCUAGGCCCGGGCUACAAGUCUUUUGGAAAACAUGUCUCGCAACUUGCAGGAAUCGGGGCCUCCCACUAAACUCGAGGACGUUCUCAGCUCAGAGAUCCAAGAAUGGCACUUCCACAUCUACUUCCACCAGCGCAACGCUGCUGAGCACCAUGCUGCUCUCGAACUCCGAGACGCAGUCCUACGCCUCAGACGAGAUGGAGCAUUCGUGGCUGUUCCGCUUUUUCGUGUAAAUACCGACCCUAUCGGACCUCACCCUGUCGGAUCCUACGAAAUAUGGGUACCUGCAUCCUCAUUUGCGUCCGUAUUUUCGUACCUCUGUUUAAACAGAGGAGAACUCAGUAUUCUUGUUCAUCCGCUGACUCGUGAAGAGAGGACAGACCACGAGCUGAGGCGCGCUUGGAUUGGUCCUUCAUACCCUCUUGACCUGUCUAACCUCAGAAGGAAAACGGAUGAGGUCCCUUUGCAAUACCCUAGUCUGAAGCUUGGCUACUCUUCAACCUCACCACCACUCACGCUAGAAGAGCGCCGCCUACUCGGUGCUAACGUGGAACGGUUGUUGAGAAGUGAAAAGGAGGCUGCCAGGGCGCCAUCGAACUAGUCUCACCAAGGCCGGAUGUCGAGGAGGACGGGUAUAUUCUUAAUCAUAUCUUCUUUUUUGUUGUAUAUUAUGCCCUUUGUCAUGGGCUGCUAUCUAUGAAACAAUAGGUCGUUC